CUCGAUCCCAUUCGGCUCAUUAGGACGUAAAUACAUAGGUUCAACCUUUGAGUAGGAAGAAGCUUACGGACUUACAGCUCAUUGACGACCGUCUUGCGAGGGUUCUUCUACAGCUACCCCAGCAGGUUAAUCAUGUCUGCCCUGGAAGACGAUACCAAAGCCGGCCUUGCCCCUCGGGGUCUGGUUUUCACGAACCUCCUCACCCCGGAUGUAGACAACCUCUUCUCAGUUUUCAGAGACGCUUACGAACGCCGCAAUAACCCAUCAGGAAUGGUCAAUUUUGGUGUGGCGGAGAAUAGCCUGCUGCGCGAGGAGCUCGUGCGCUACUUUAACACCGUUGGUCUCCAGCUUUCCAGCAAGGAGCUUGCGUACAACGGUCGGUUUACGACGAGCCAGAAGCUAGUCGAAGCGCUUGCAAAUCUCUACAACCAUUAUCCAGAUGGCUACGCGAAUCGCAAUGAUUGGGCAGACCGAAAGCCGCUCGUGCCCGUGAAGCCCGACCACAUCCACGUUGGCUCUGGCGCCGGAGCUGUCCUCAACAGUCUCGCAUGGACCCUGUGUGAAAAGGGGGAGGGGGUACUGCUCAGUUUGCCGUACUACAACGGUUUCCUGUACGAUUUCACGUUCAAGGCUGAGGCGACGCUCGUUAAAGUCAAGCUACCAAUACCGGAAGCUGGCAAGAGCAGCCAUGAUCAAGCAUGGCUCAAGCCGGAUACCGUUCAGUCCUAUGAACUGGCGCUACUAGACGCCAAGGAGAAAGGGAUCAAGACUAGGGUGUUGCUUUAUUGCAAUCCACACAACCCCACAGGUCAAAUCAUGCCUCGCGAGAUGACGAUCGAGCUGCUCAAACUGGCAGCGAAGUAUGACCUGCACUUCAUCUCAGACGAAAUUUACUCGCGUUCCGUCUACGAGCCCUCACCCGCGAGCCCUGCUCCGCCUCAGUUCCAUUCCGUUCUGUCGAUCGACACUCUCGCCGUCGCUGGUUUGCAUCCAUCGCGUGUGCAUGUCGUCAGCUCCGCUUCGAAAGACUUUUCCGCGAAUGGGUUCCGGCAAGGCGUGUGCAUCUCCCAAGCAAACUCUGCUCUGCUACGAGCCCUCAACAUGCAGAAUUUGCCAUCGCAGUCCUCGACGAUUGCCGGAAAUUUAUGGGCGAAUUGGCUGCAGGAUACAGAGUACCUCGAGUGGUACUUGGAGGAAAAUACACGGAGGCUCGCCGUCGCUUGCUCGCACACACAAAGGUGGCUACAAGUACACGACAUUCGGUUCGUCACCUCCAAUGCAGGGCACUUUUUCUUAGUCGACUUCAGGCGUUUUCUGGGCGGCGUGAAUGCCGAAGUCAGCUCUGACAGCUCCUUCGAUGAGAUCGAAGACGCGCGGAAAGCAGAAGCUGACCUCGCUGGGCGGCUCAUCAAGGGAAAAGUCUUUGUAGCUCCUGGAGGGCAGUACGAGCAUCCCGUGCCGGGAUGGUUCCGUUUCACGUAUUCUGCAGAGCCGCACGCCUUGCUUGAAGGCAUGGAACGUGUCGAAAAUGUGCUCGGUCUGCCGGCCAAAGCGAAGGAGUUCGGAUUGUUGGAUUUGGAGGGUGGCGCGAAACAACCGCCGAAGCGCGGACUGGACGCAAAGACCGCAACAGAAUCACAGGGAGAGGGAGCAAAGGAGGCGCUAGAGGACUCGAACGACUCGCACAAGGGAAGCGCGCACACCUCAAGGUCCCACACCGUGGCCUAUCCUACGCUGCUCUCUUCAGCAGAACAGCCGCGGAAGUCGAAGCGCAGUUUGUUUCAACGUUUGCUUAGCUUAGCUUUGCGUGAUGUCAUUUGGAACUAACUAUGCUUCAGAAGCACAGGGACACAUGCGAUUCCUGUCGUGUGCCGCAUACCCUCCUCAAGCUCUCUCUGCCACGGCGCCCGAUGUCCUAUAAAUGGAAUACAUACUAUGCG